AUGUCGACUUUUAAAAGAACGGGGAACUCUUGGAUCAGAGAUAACGCCGCUGGCAACUUGUACCCGGAGAUGAAAGUGAAUACCAAUUUAUAUAAUGGGAGAUACACACUUUACCGCUCCAGCACCGAUCACAGUGAACUUCACCUGGUUUGUUCUGGGAGUUAUGGUCGUAGCUAUUCCCGUGCUGAGUGGAACUGGUCACCUCAUCACCAUCAACAGCUGAAAGUAAUAGCAUCUGCAGAACGUUCUCAGCCCAUCACCAUCAAUGUCAAUGGGACCAACUUCGGGAAUCGACUGGUGACCUCAGGGAAACUCUACGAUGGCAAGGAUUUCAAUGUGAGGAUUGUCCCCGUUGUGUUUCAAGAUGCCGGAGUUUACGCCUGUUAUCUGGAAUCAACUCCAUUUCCCACCAUUUAUCUAAUCACAGUGAAAGUCACAGCUGAACCGUCUGAUGCAGUGACUGAGGGAGACAACGUUACCCUGACCUGCUCUGUGUCUCACGUCAUUGGGUCAAUGAGACUGGUUUGGAUCAAUGGCGAUGGCAAACGUGUUGGAGAAAAGACACUGACUGAGGAAGAGAAAUCACCGAGUCUGGUUAUUCAGAAAGCUGAGAGAGGCAGAGGGAACUGGAUAUGUGUUUUGUUUGAUCAAGACCUGCCCCGGCUUUUUGUCCCGUACUAUCAGAAGGACAGUAGGAAUUACACUUUCAUUAUCAGAUCUGUUGUAAUUAUCGGAGGCCUGGCUCUUCUCCUCGUCAUUGUACUGGCAGUGGUGUGGUAUCAAAGAAGGCACAAGCCUACAGCAUCAGACAUUCCUGGGAUAAAGUCCCUCACCCUGCUCAUCAACAUGAAGUGGGACAGUCAGCUGAGGCUCAGUUAG